UGUGAUUUUGUGGUGUGUGAGUAACAAUGUGAACACAACACGUUUUAACUUAAUGAUUUUUGUUUUAUAUUUGUAUCUUGUUAAAUUAAAUUUUGUCUCGCAUAUCUCAGUAUGGGGAAACUCGAUGUCGCCAUAUUGCGGUAUUUAACCGCUGAAGACUUUCGUGUAUUAACCGCAGUUGAAAUGGGUAUGAAAAACCAUGAAUUGGUACCUGGUUCAUUGGUAGCAUCCAUUGCGAAUUUGCGACAUGGUGGAGUACACAAAUUGAUGAAGGAAUUGUGUAAACAUAGGCUGUUGACGUACGAGCGAGGGAAGCACUAUGAUGGCUACCGUCUUACAAAUGCAGGAUAUGACUAUUUGGCACUUAAAGCCCUUACAAACCGGAAAGUGAUAGCUUCAUUUGGCAACCAGAUUGGAGUUGGCAAAGAGUCCAACAUUUACACUGUGGCUGAUGAAGAUAGGAAUCCCUUAUGCUUGAAACUUCACAGGUUGGGCCGCACUUGUUUUCGUAAUAUCAAGGACAAGCGUGAUUACCACGCACAUAGAAAUCGCGCUUCCUGGCUAUACCUCUCCCGUAUUUCUGCCACUAAGGAGUUUGCUUACAUGAAGGCUCUGUACGACCGUGAUUUCCCUGUACCAAAACCUAUUGACUUUAACAGACAUUGCGUUGUUAUGCAGUUAGUUUCCGGGGGACCUUUAACACAUGUAACUGAAGUGGCAAACCCAGAAGCGCUGUAUGAGGAGCUGAUGGACUUGAUAGUGCGUUUAGGCAACUGCGGAGUCAUCCAUGGAGACUUUAAUGAGUUCAAUAUCAUGAUUGACGAUGCUGGACAUCCUAUUGUCAUAGAUUUCCCACAAAUGGUUUCAACUUCACAUCCCAAUGCUGAACAUUACUUCGAUCGUGAUGUACGUUGCAUUCGCGAGUUCUUCAAGAAACGAUACGGAUACGAGAGCGAGAUAUACCCGCGGUUCACCGAUCUUGAAAGGGAUGAUGAGCUAGACCGAGAGAUUGCGUGCUCCGGAUACAAGCGGACCAAGGACAUUGAUAAUGAACUGCUUGAGGAAAUGGGCAUCGGCAUGCAAGUGAGCGGGGAUGAAAACAGUGGAUCAGAAACAGAAGAUGGUGAACAUGACAGAUCUACUAAAUAUACAGAAGACGAACUGUCUAGUUUGAGAAAAGAGGUUGAAGAUUCAAUACAAAACGACGAAAAAAAACUUCAAGUAGAAAGAAUUAUAACUAAAACAAUCAACUUAAAUAUUAAGAAUGAUGAAGAACCGCCUACGUUAGUCAAAGCUGUAAAUAUAGAGGAGUCAAUUAAACAAGUAAAUGAAGAUCUAGACGAUGUCAACGGGCAAUUGGACAUGACUUCGCAGAAGUACCGUUUGGCUAUGAUUGAGAAAUCUUUGUCCGAUGUUAGGACUAUGAGAUCCUACACUUCUGCUAGUACUAUUGCUCCUGAGGUAAUCAAACAACAAGUAAAAAAGAACCUCGAAACCCGUCAGAAAAAGAUGGAUCGCAAGAAAGCUAUCGCCAAGGGCGAAGCUAGCGCCGUCACGCGGAGCAGACGGGACAACAGGGAAACAAUACGGGAGAGCCACGGGCUCUGGGGGUGGGACGAAUGAGACACCGACGUGUGUAUAUAAUGUAUAUUGUAAUAAAGUAUGUCAAGAACAAUUUAUAGUAUUAUUUC